AUGGUGCAUUUUCAUUUUCCAAAAGAGGCAGUCCUUGAAUGGAAAAGUAAUAUUGGGGUACCAAGAGGUAAAUUUAUUUCUUAUCUUAAGGCAAAGAAGAUGAUGUCCAAAGGAUACAUAUGCUAUCUUGUGAGAGUGAAAAAUAGAGAUGUGGAGUCACCAACUCUUCAAUCCAUUCCGCUAGUGAUUGAGUUUCCUGAUGUAUUUCCUGAAGAUCUUCCAAGUUUACCCCCAGAACAAGAAGUAGAGUUUAGCAUUGAUGUGAUUCCAAAUACUCAACCUAUCUCCAUCCCUCCAUAUAGAAUGACCCCGGCAGAAUUACGGGAGUUGAAGGAGCAAUUAAAAGACUUACUAGAAAAAGGAUUCAUAAGGCCUAGUAUGUCCCCAUGGGGGGUACCAGUUUUGUUUGUACGCAAGAAAGAUUGCUCGUUAAGAAUUUGUAUCGAUACCGGCAGUUAA